AUGUGGCUAGAUCGAGUCAGUAUUUCACACCAAAAUUUUCUCGGUCUCUCUGUCUCUCUCAUAAUGGGUGAUGGCAUCGAUCUCCAAAAUCAAGAAGCAGCAGAAGAGACACUUUCUCUCUCCAACCUUCCACUUAUAACCACCGAUGAACCUGACAGCCAAGACUUUUCAUGCUUCAAAGAACGCCGUUCAUCUUCCGAACCCACCGAUUUCUUCGAAUUUUUCAGCGAUUUCAAUGCCGAGAUGCGUCAUGCCGAAGACAUCAUAUUCUGCGGUAAACUCGUACCCUUCAAAGAAAAUCCUCUCCCCAAUCAAAUCCAAAAACCUCCCACUAAAGAAAAGAAUAGUCAAAGCUUUCAUCGCAGGCGAUCGGAGUCAUUUUCCGAGCAAACUAUUACUAGAACCGAGAGUUCAAAAACAAGCCUAAUCCGAAGCAGCAGGUCUCUGGAUUCCCAAACCCUCCUCAGAAAUUCAAGCUUAAGCUCCGAGACAUCAGAGAUUCAUCGGAAUUCAUCGGUUAAGAGUUCCAGAAAGUCCGAUGGUUCGAGUUUUAAGGUGUUCAAUUUCAAACCAAGGUGGUAUCUUUUAACGUUUGGGCUUGUAAAAUUUCCGCCGGAGAUGGCUCUCCAAGACAUCAAGAACCGGCAGGUUCGUCGCAAUCCCGGGACUAUGUUCCCGUCGUUUGACGCCGGAAAGAAAGUACCGGGUAGCCGGAGAGACCGGCAAAGCUUUUGGGGACUGCUAAGGGUACUAAGCUGUAAAGACGACAGUAGCGUUGCCGUAACGACGUCGUUUACCUGCAUGCCACAAGUUUGAGGUACCUCGUGCCUUCAAGUCACGUGACACUCGAAAUAUCUGCUUUCUUGCCAUAAUUGCACCUGAAGGCUUAGACAACAUGCUAGACAGACAGGGAUGAUUGGGUAAAGGGUAAAUCUGUCAUUUCAAAUGCAUGGCGUGGCUUGGAGGAGAGGUUAUAUACUUACUAUAAUUAAAGGAGUUCACGUAGAAGAGAUGAUGAUGCUGUACGCUUGCGGACCACGGUUGAUGAUGGUGUGUCUUCCAUAUAUGUGAGACUCACAUGAGAGGAAUGGGUUUUGUCCUUUCAGGUGGGGCCACUGUAAAUUAAAUGAUACCCUAUAUUUAUUUUCUAUGAAAUAUUUUUUGCUCCUUAAUGAGGAUGUCACUUUUGGAUCUUCUAUUUAUCCGUUUUCUAAGUGGG